UAUGGGUUACGUGACGAAACAAUGUCCCGUCCAGCUGUGUUUGUUACAGCGUCGUUGGAUACAGGGUUGUGUUCGGAAAUAUGGUUUAUGAUUCAAAACUGUAGAUACUUUAAUCUACAUAAUCACUCAGGACGCUUCAAGAGCGCAGACAUGACAGCAGGUUCAGUGGCAGCACCUCAGAUCAUCCCCAUCCGCCUUCCGCCUCCAGGAAGAGCCAAGCACGAGAUUGAGUCCCGCACUCCUGUGGAGAUCAAGUCCGACUCCUCUGAUGCGACUGUCCUGUACACGCUGGACGGCAGUAAGCCGGAGGUGAUGAAGAGGCCGGGUUUCGGUGACAGCACUCUGAAGUACACCGAGCCUAUCCGUUUACCCGCGGGGAAAGUGUCCGUGAGAGCCAUGGCUGUCAGCACUGAUGGCCGUCAGAGUGCAGUCGUCACCAAGGUUUUCAUCGUGGCGCCAUCUCCGUCUCAGGAUCUGACUACAGGCCAAGAGGAUGACACUUUGAUUAACAGCCAGCCAAUCAACGGCAAGGAUGAGGUGAGCAAAAAUGGAGCUGGCAUUUCCUCUAGUGAAAGUUUAGAUGUUCCCAGCAGUGAAUCUCGCAGAGCUUUGAAAGGCCCUCGAUUCCUGUCCCAACGCCUCGGCUCCAGUUCAUCUGCUCGGCUGACGGCACAAAAAAACACGCAAAACCAGAGCAUAGAUGCGGAAAACCUCUUGAAAACUUUGACGAGCACUCAGAUAUCACGGAUCCAGAGAGAGACAGAUUUCCUUAGAUGUCCAAAGUGCCUGAGUCAUCGCCCUUCGGAUCCUUUCGCCCGAUUCUGUCUGCACUGCGGCGCACCAGUGCCUCCAAUACCCGGUCAAAGGCUGCCCCCUACUGAAGGAGGACAGAUGGGUCUAUGUGUGCAUUGUAAAGCCAUGGUGCCUCUCAAUACGGCCACAUGUGUGGUGUGUGAGUCUCCUCUGACUCAACAACUGCAGCCGCAGGCUAGUCGGAGACUACAGGAUAAGCUCAUCUGUCACUCUUGUGGGACGGGAAACCCUGCUCAUAUCACACACUGUGUCACCUGUGAAUCCCAGCUGCUUCAGCAAACCACACCGUAUUUGAGCGGACAGAGAGCUGCACCUGUACCCAGCUCACAGGGCAAAAUGAUUUUCUGCUCCAAGUGUAAUAGAGUCAACCACUCGGAUGCUCGAUUCUGCGACUGGUGUGGGGCAAAGCCCGGCCACAAAGCCAGCUCUGUGACUUGUUCUCAGUGUGGAGCUAGCAGCCAUCCUUAUGCUAAUUACUGCGGUGGCUGUGGUGUCUUCCUGGACGGCCCACCCAGGACGCCCUCACAUGUAAACCAGGGACAGGACACACAGGAAGCUGAUCAGUCUUCAGCCUCCUGGCAGGCAGUCCAUGCACCUGAAUCAACAACUGAGCUUCCAGCGGCUGGUUUGCGCAUGUGCGCAGAUGCACAGACGCAGACGGUGGGUCUGUUUUUCCCAUCCAGCACAGAGCUGAAAAAACUGAGCAAGCAGAGAGAGGCGGAGCUUUGCAGACAGGAGCAGAUGAGUGACAGGAAGCCCCUCCUCACUGCCAUUAGUCCCGGCCGAGGAUACUGGAGGAAGCAACUGGAUCACAUUUGCGCUCAUCUGCGCAGUUACACUCAGAAUAAUACUGAGUUUAGAGCUCUGAUUGGAGAACCUCGUCUGGGCAGAAUGAUAUCAGCUGUUAUUGAGGAGGACAGCUAUGAAGUCAGUCUGCGCAUUAACUUCCUCUCUGCCUCACCGGAGGGAUCCAGGUCGUCUUCUGUCGGCCAGCAGAGCAGAUCUGUGGCAUCAGAGAGUCAGAACCUCAGUGCUGUGACAGAAGGCAGGAAGUCAGCCAGUCCGGACAGUAACAUUAAUACAGCAGGAUCGUCAUCCAACAGAAAGAAUCAGAAAAAGAUCUGGAGCUCAGACGCCAAGCAGCCGGAGUCUAAAGACAGUCUGCUUCUUAAGGAGGUGGGGCCUGAGGGGCGGGGCCAGAUCUCAGCCGUGCAGCAGCUGUUGGAUGAGGGUGCUGACCCAGCAUGUUUGGGAAUUGAUGGGCGUCCCGCUCUGGUUGCUGCAGUGUUAAACGGGCAUCAUGAUGUCAUUCCUGUGCUGGUGCAGAGAGAAGCUGAUGUUAACCACGCAUCUGGACCGUUGAAUAACACGGCGCUGCAUGAGGCUGCAGCUCUGGGAAACGAAGGUCUGAGGAGUGUUGAGAUACUGCUGGGGUGUAAUGCAAGUAUCAGAAAGCAGAACAAUCGUGGACAGACGGCGUAUGAUAUUGCCGUGGCUGCCGGGAGCAGGUCUGUGGUGACUCUGAUGGCAGCUCACAUGGGACAGGAUCUGCUACAGCGCCACACCAAGGCCAGGAGCCCAUCUGGACUGGAUACGUUCUCUUGAGACAAUCCACAUCUUAACCAACUGACAUAUCCAAGCGAAAAUAUUGAUUAUUAAUUAUAUAAUUAUUUCAUUUGUAUUUACUUGAACAUAUAAAUUUAAAAUGCAUUAUGGACGCUUGUUACCAAAACAGGAUAAAACGUUUUUUUUAAAGCAAUUGCAACUUUUUAUCUCACAAUUCUGACUUUUUUUCUUGCAAUUUAAAAAAAUGAACGGAAUUUUUAAAAAGUCCCUUAUAUUAACUUAAAGUCAGACUUGCAUUACAAUAUUCUAAGAUGGCACAAUUACCUUUUUUGUUUUUCUAAUCUUUUUAAUUUCACACUCACUAGUUCAUUAUGUAGUGUUAAAAUGCUGUUCUUCAUUGUUCUACUUUAUACUGUGUUGUCAAGCUAGCUAAAUUUAACGGGGAGAAAAAGGUUAAUAUUUUUGCGAUGUAUACAACAGAAGUCACUUUCAGAUCAAGCCGUUUUUGUUUAGUCAACAAGGCAAAAUUGCAUCAACAACUUAAACCCCGAAUUUUUUCACGCAAAAUCGAAUACUAUUGAAAUGAAUGGAUUUUGUCUUGGAACGUUUUCUGAACAACUUUGAGUUUUAUGUCUAUUUUACUAAUAACUGUGAGUUUUAGAGAGCAGUAUACACAAUAAUUAUUUCCCUUAACUGUCCAAGAAAAAAGCAACUUGGGAAUGACUACUCUUUUGAGUAGUGAUGUACUGAAGUGAUAUCCUGAAUGAUGUACUUUUCUCCGUCAUAAAGUCUUUCCAAAGAGAUGUUUGCGCAUGUUCUGUUUGUCUGUCUUUCUAUCUUCAUACUAGUGCUGUGAAACUAUUAAUCACAUUGAAAAUAAACGUUUUUGUU